UCCUGUGAGGCGUUAAAUUUUUUAAAAAUAUAUCUUCCCAAAAUACAUGAUCACCACUGAUGUCACAUGUUUAUAUCUCUAUUUAAGCAAACUCUCCAGCCUUUCUGUUAGUCAUCUUCACCAUUUGACAUGAUAACUUCUAUAGAAAUAUUCCUGUUCAUCCAUUCUUCUACUGUGUGAAUACUGAGGUAUUUUUUCUAUUCAUAGCAAUGGAUUCAUGAAGACUUGGUUACUUGGUUACUUAGUUGGCAUGUAUAGUUUAUUUAUGAGGUUAAUUUCUCUCUGCAUCAGUUUUCUGUCCUGUAAGGUGGGGGAUUCACAACAGUUCUAUGUUGUAUGUAUUAUUAUCCUCUCCUUACAGAUGAAGACACUAAGGCAAAGAGGUUAAAUAAUUUGUGCAAGGUUCAAAGUUAGUAAUUAUUUCUGUGGUUAAUGGCAGCAAUGUCAUUCCUCUUGUUUAGCUUUCAGACAACUGUCUUCCCAGUAAAGGUUAGCGACCAUACAAGUGGUGUUAUAACCUUAACACAGCCAAGUUGUACAUACUAUACAGGAACUGUUAGGAAUAUUACAUCAAUUUUCAUCCCAAAAUAUGUGAGAUCCUGUGAAGACGCAUGGUGGCGCUGCAGGAUAAGAAGGGACAAGCCAGAACUGCAGCUUCUCCGUUAACUAGAAAAUUUACCAGCAAAGCCUGGAAGCCCACAGGAGACUUGGAUGCCACAGAGAGGAGGUCUGGGUCCUCUGAAAAAGGACUCAAAAAUUACUGGUAUAUUUAUCAGGUGUCUUGUGGAAAACCUCGGUUUCAGACAGUGGGGACUUCACAGUUCAGAGGGAAACACCUCAUGGAAAGCUGUAUCACACAAGAACAAUGGAAACUGGUGGGAAGCUCCUUUGCAGACAAAGGCAAGUCUUUUUUUCCUUUUUCCUACUGGGUUUAUCUCUGGUGGGAGCAGUGGAACUCAGGAGGUAUUCUGUGGUGGAGGAAGGGGAAGGCAACUCCUUUGUAACCAAUUUAGCAAAGGACCUGGGUCUGGAGCAGAAGGAACUGUCCAGGAGGGGAGCUAAGGUCAUUUCCAAAGGGAAUAAAAUGCAUUUGCAGCUCAAUCAAGAGACCGGAGAUUUGCUGGUAAAUGAGAAGCUGGACCGAGAGGAACUGUGUGGGCACACAGAGCCCUGUGUGCUACGUUUCCAAGUGUUGCUGGAGAGUCCUUUAGAAUUUUUCCAAGCUGAGCUACAAGUAAUAGACAUAAAUGACCACUCUCCUGAGUUCCUGGACAGAGAAGCUUUGCUUAAGAUAUCAGAAAGCAGUGCUCCUGGGACUACAUUUCCACUGAAGAAGGCUCAGGACAUGGAUGUUGGACCAAAUAAUAUAGAGAACUAUGUAAUCAGUCCCAACAUCUAUUUUCGGGUCCUCACCCGAAAAGGCAGUGAUGGUAAGAAAUAUCCUGAACUCGUGCAGGACAAAGCUCUGGAUCGAGAGGAGGAAGCUGAGCUCAGGUUAACUCUCAUAGCCCAGGAUGGCGGCUCUCCACCCCGGUCUGGCACUACUCAGGUCCACAUAGAAGUGGCGGACACAAAUGACAAUGCCCCUGAAUUUGAACAGCCUCUCUAUAGGGUGCAGAUCCCUGAAGACAGUCCCAUAGGCUUCCUGGUUGUUGCGGUCUCUGCUACAGAUGUAGACCUAGGAGUCAAUGGAGAGAUCUCCUAUUCACUCUUCCAGGCUUCAGAGGACAUUAGUAAAACAUUUGAGAUCAAUCACUUGACCGGAGAAAUUCGACUGAUGGACCAACUUGACUUCGAAAGAAUAGAGUUCUAUGAAAUCAAUGUAGAAGCUAAAGAUUCUGGAAGCUUUGGUGGAAAAUGCAUCGUUCUAAUCCAAGUCUUGGAUGUGAAUGACCAUGCCCCUGAGGUUACUAUGUCUACACUUACCAAAUCCAUCCCUGAAAACUCCCAUGAGACAGUGGUUGCAGUUUUCAGUGUUUCAGAUCUUGACUCAGGAGAAAAUGGAAAAAUAAAUUGCUUCAUUCAGGACGAGCAUCUACCCUUCUUACUGAAGUCUUCAGUGGAAAAUUUUUACACACUACUAACAGAUGGACCACUGGACAGAGAGAGGAAGUCAGAAUACAAAAUCACCAUCACGGUCACCGACUUGGGGACACCCAGGCUCAAAACCCAGCACAACAUAACCGUGCAGGUCUCUGACGUCAACGACAACGCCCCGACCUUCACCCAAACCUCCUACACCCUGUGGGUCCCCGAGAACAACAGCCCCGCCCUGCACAUCGGCACCAUAAGUGCAAAAGACUUAGAUGUAGGAACCAACACCAUAAAAACCUACAUAAUAAGUCCUAACUCUCAUUUCCACACUAAAAUGAGAGUCAAUCCAGACAAUCAGAAAUACCCAGAGUUAGUUCUGGACAAGGCGCUGGAUUAUGAAGAGCAGCCAGAAUUCAGCUUCAUCCUUACUGCACUAGAUGGUGGGUCCCCACCCAGGUCCGGGACUGUCUUGGUUCAUGUGGUGGUCGUAGACACUAAUGAUAACUCUCCAGAGUUUGAGCAGCCCUUUUAUGAAGUAAAGAUUCCAGAGAACAGCAUCCUUGGUUCACUGCUUGUCACUGUCUCAGCUUGGGAUUUAGACUCUGGAAUAAAUGAGGAAAUUACAUAUACAUUUUCUCAUGCCUCAGAAGAUAUUCAAAAAACAUUUGAAAUUAAUCAAAAGUCUGGAGAAGUUAGGUCAACAGCACCCUUGGAUUUUGAAACAAUUGAAUCAUAUUCCAUAAUCAUUCAAGCUACAGAUGGGGGAGGGCUUUUUGGAAAAUCUACACUCAAAAUUCAGGUGAUGGAUGUGAAUGACAAUGCUCCAGAAAUUGCUGUGUCUUCAAUUACCAAUCCAAUCCCAGAAAAUUCACCGGAGACUGUAGUUAUGGUUUUCAGUAUUCGAGACAGAGAUUCUGGGGAUAAUGGGAGGAUGAUAUGUUCUGUCCCGGGGGACCUACCAUUCGUGCUGAAAACUUCGGUUAAGAAUUAUUACACCCUAGAAACGGAGAAAACACUGGACAGAGAGAGCAGAGCAGAGUACAACGUCACCAUCACGGUCACCGACUUGGGGACACCCAGGCUCAAAACCCAGCACAACAUAACCGUGCAGGUCUCCGACGUCAACGACAACGCCCCGACCUUCACCCAAACCUCCUACACCCUGUGGGGCCCCUUCCCGGGCCCCCUGGGGGACGUCAGCGGCACGGGGACCCUGUCCCACAGCUACCGCUAUGAGGUGUGUCUCACUGGAGGCACUGCGACCAGCGAUUUCAAGUUUCUGAAGUCUGUUACCAGCAACCAUGAAGAGGCUGGGAAUGAUUUGGAGGAAAAUUCUAUCUUUGUAAAUGGUUUGGGGUACAAUUAGCAAUUGUUAAAUUUUUAGACUAUUCCAGAUAAAAGUUUGGUGUUUUUUUUUUUUUAACAUUUUAGGACUCCAUUUAGGGUUGUUGUUGUUUAGAAGGCCACAUCUUUUUCUGAAAAAUUCUCUCUUCAGCGGAGUUGUACUGUCACAGCCAUAUUUAUUUUAUAUGACCCAUCUCCCUCUGUGAUUUCAGGCAACAGGACAAAGAGGUAUACAUUUUUCUUUCUUUUCCUCCUCCUCUUCCUAUUCCUCCUCCUUCCUCUCUCUCCCCCUUCCUCUCUCUCCCCCUCCGCCCCCCCAUCCUCCACCCCUUUUCCUCCCUCCUCCCUCGGGCCUUCUCUCCUUUUCCCAUCCUC